AUGUCUGGGCGCGGGAAGCAGGGCAGCAAGGCACGUGCGAAGGCUAGGUCUCGCUCAUCUAGAGCUGGCUUACAGUUCCCAGUAGGCAGAAUCCAUCGCUUGCUUCGUAGAGGAAACUACGCGGAGCGUAUAGGGGCUGGUGCGCCGGUGUACCUGGCCGCGGUGCUAGAGUACCUAACUGCGGAGAUCCUGGAGCUGGCAGGCAAUGCAUCCCGCGACAACAAGAAGACGCGUAUCAUUCCGCGACAUUUGCAGCUGGCCAUCCGUAAUGAUGAGGAGCUUAACAAGCUCUUAGGUGGUGUGACCAUCGCUCAGGGCGGUGUCCUGCCCAACAUCCAGGCUGUGUUGCUGCCCAAGAAGACCGAGAGUCACCACCACAAAGUGCACAGCAAGUAG